AUGGAUACUAACGAAUGCCAGCCCCUUCAUGCUGAUAUACUAAGGUUCUAUAAAAGCAUAAAUAUGAAACUGGAUCAGCAAGUUCCUCUACUGUUAGUUGAGAGACAAGCGCUGAACGAAGCAAGGGAGGGUGAGGAGAAUGAUAUGAUUGCGGGAAAGAAAAUUGUGUUGGCUUUUCAAACUCUUGGUGUUGUCUUUGGUGAUGUUGGAACAAGUCCAUUAUAUACCUUCAGUGUUAUGUUUGGAAUGCACUGA